AUGAGUCAAAAUCAAGAAAAGUUAGAGUCAGAAUUAUUUUAGUAAUACUAAUAUGCAAUUGACCUUCUAGAAAAUGGCAAUGAAACAAAAGGAAUACAAAUUUUAAAGGAUUUAAUGCAGAAUUAAUCCAUUAUUAAUUAAGAUGAUAAAAAGAUUUUAUAUGGCAUCUAUAUGUCAUUAGCUGAAAUUCAAGCAUAAAGUGAUUAAGUAGAGAAUAAAUGUGAAGCUUUAUAUUACUAUUAUCAAAGUACAUAAAUUUCUGAUAAUUGUUGGUAAACCUAAAGGAAAAUGGCUUUAAUAUUUAGACAAUUAGGAAUGAUGCCUAGAGCAUUAAAUGUUAUAUUGAAAGCGUAUUAAUUAAAUUAGAUUUAUAUAGAUUACAAUUAUGCAAUUAACCUAAUCUCAUCUAGGCCAUAUUAUAUUAAGUUUGUUCUAUUUGUUUUUUAAUGGAUGAUUAAAAAUAAUUCUAAAUAUAUUUUGAUAAAAUGAAUGAUAAUAAUAAUUUGAAACUAAAAAUUGCAGAAUUGAACAAAUAUUUUAUUAAUAAAAAUAAUAUUACUGAUUUUGUUAAUGACCUUUUGUUAGAGUAAUCUUAAAUUCAAUAAUAAUUGGAAAAGAUUCCCUUUGAAUCAAGUUAAAAAUUAAAAUAUUUUAAUUAAACAUUCUAGUUUGAAAUUAAAUUAGAUACUUAUGAUUUAAAGAAAUUCUUUAAAAAACUAUAGAAUAUUUUAUAAAUUAAUGUGAAUUUUGAACCAAAAAAGUAAGAUUUCAUUUAGGAUGAAAAAUGUUUUAUGUCUAAUACUAAAAUAAUAGUGAUUUCUAAAGAAUAAUAAUAGAAUUCCAAAGAUAUAUCCAAAGAAUUACCAAAAGAAAAUUAACCAGUCAAAUAAUCUGAAAGAUAAAAGUCAAAAAAAACAAAAUAACAAUAAGAUCAAUAAUUUGUUUUAGAUUAAAUAAUUCAAUCUAAUCAUAAUAAAUUGAUUGAAUUAAUAAAAUAAUUUGAUGGAAAUGAAAUAUUCUAACUUAAUAAUAAUAACAAUAAAAUUUCAAGUGAAUAAAAUGAAAAACAAGAAUGUCCUGUAGCUAAAUUUCUAUUAGAACAAUUAAAUAAUUAAUAGUUCUUAACAAUAAUUUAAUUAUUACAAAAAUUAAUAACUUUAAUUUGUUAAGAUUAUUAAUAAAAUGAUAAUAUUCCCUAAUAAUAAUAGGAUAUUUUAAAUGAACAAUAAAAGAGUCCUUAAACUAAAAAUUCUUAUGGUUCUUCAUACCAUGAAGCACUUAGAGGUUUAAUAAAUUGUAUUGUAUGGGCUUAGUACUCUACAAAUAAAUUUACUGAUGAUCCUAAAAUUAAAUUAAGAUUAUUGGAAGUUGCAUAUGAAGAAUUAACUUUUAGAUUUAAAGAAAAAAAACCAAAAUCUCCAGAGCAACAAAACAAAAUAAAAAAUUUUAUUAGAUUUAUUAAUAAUAUGAAAAUAGAACUUUUAUAAACAAACAUAAAUCAAAUAAUAAAUGAUUAAGCAGAAAUUUAAACUUAUUUAUCAAAUUAUUACAGAGUGAUGGCUUAUAUACAUAGUGAUAUCAAUUUUUUUUAAGGAAGAAUAGCCAAAUUAUGUGCAUAAGAAUUAAAUAAUCCAGAAAUAACAUAAGAAAUUCUAGAUAAGAUAAAAUCAGCAUAAUUUUAAAUUUCUUCAAACUCACCACAUUAAUCUUAAUAAAUAUAAUAAAUUCUUACUUAAUGGGAAUAAAAAGAAUAGAGAUUAGAAGAUAAUGAAAAAAUUAGAACAUAAAUAAAUUAUGUGUAAGAUUAUUUGUAAUAGAAUUAAAGUUAUGAUUUAAUUAAAAGAUUAGCUAUUAUCUGUCUUAAUUAAUUUUAUUUUGUAUAAUAAAAAGAGGAACUUAAAGUAAUUUAUAAAUUUGUUCAACCAAUAAUAUAGUAAUUUUUGAAUAUUAACUAACCUGAUCUUUUAAUUGGAUUUAUUUUCUUAAAAUUUUCUAUAAUUUAUUCUUUAAUGGAAUUAGAUUCAAGUGAGUUUUUGGCUAAAUUUAUUGAAAUUUUCCUAACUCAAACAAAUGGUAACAAUAAACAUUUAAUUUUGAUGGAAAUUCUAAGAUUUCAUCAUCUUAAUAUAAAUAAACUCUUCACAUAUAUUAAUAUAGAUCUUAUUCUCUAAGAAUUUAUUAAAAUAAAAAUAAAAAUGAAAAAUAGAUAUAAUCAAUUAAUAGAUUAAUACAAAAACAAUGUAUAAAGUGAUUUAGAACUUCGUUACUAUUUAAUUCAUUUAAUAGAUUUAAAAGAUUAAUAUACACCUUAAUUUAUUGUUUAAUAAAAUGAGUUGUAGAUAGAAGUUGAAAAAUUUGAAACAAAAUAUUCUUAACCAGAAUCAUUUUCAAGUGCUUCUGAGGAUGAAGUAGAAUAGGAUGAGAUAUUUUAGAAAUAAUACUAAAAUCUAUAAUUAACAUAAGAUCAAAUAGAAACUGUUUUUAAAAUAGGGAAAUCAAAUUAUUAAUUACCAACUAAAAUAGUUGAAUUUUUAUAAAAUCAUACUAUAAAAAUAAAUAUGGGAGACCCUAAAAUUAUUGAACAUAUUAAAAGGUUUGCUAAAGAGAAAAUUAGAAUUGAAUUUGGAUUAAGUACUAAAGAAUUAAGCAAAAACUUUUUAUACAUAUUUUUAAAAAGUUAUUAUCUUUAAUAAGAAUUUGUAAGAGAUUUAUCUGAAAUUGAGCUUUAAUUUAUGGGAUAUUUUUUAACUCAUUUUCCAAAGUUAUUGUAAGAUUAAAGAUAAUUAAAUCAAUUUAUUAUAGAUAUAGUUAAGAAGUCUUUACAAAAAUUUAAUGAUGUUAAGAUUUAAGAAUAUGCUGAAUGGUUAUAUUCAUAAAUAUUUACUAAAUAAAAAUCAUAAAUUUCAUCAAUAAAAGAAUUUUAAGAAUAUAUUAAUCAAAAUAAUUUAUAAUGUGAUUACAAAUCUAACUUAUAUUAUCAAAUUUAAAAAUCAGAAGAAUUAAAUUAAAAUGAAAAUCAAUAGAAAAUUGAUUUUAAAAAUAUUUGUUAUGCUUUAGCUUAUAAAGAAUCACCAUUUUUAUGGAAUUAUUUAUACUAAGGUACUUUUGAAUAAGCUUAAAAAUAAUUUAAGUAGAAAACUUAAACUGAAAUUGAUUGGUUUUUAAGUUAGAAAAAGAUACAAGCAUUAGUAAAUAAAAAUCCUUAAUUAAAUCAUUUAAAUGAGUUUAGAUAUAUUAUGGACCUUAUCAAAUUAAAGUAAAGAUAAGUUGAAUAUUAACAUUCAAAUAAUGAAUAGCUGUAUAAAAAGACAGAAUAAGGAUAUUAAGCUCUUUAUUAAAAAUAAUUCAAUGUACCAAAAGAUGCUUUUGAAAUAGAAAACAAUUUUAGAGUUUUAUAACUUUAUGAAAAAAAAGUAAUGAGAAAAUACAGAAACAUCCCAAUAGAAAGAAUUAGUUAAAAUUUAGAUAAUAUUUGCAGUCUGGUAAAUUUAAUUAAAUAAAUGAAAGAAUAUGAAAUAGAAUAUUUUUAUCAAUCAAAUGAUGGUGAACAAGAAAUGAAGUAAGAUCUUUAUAUAAAUAUUUAUAAAUUUAUAAGAAGGUUUUUAAGACACAGACUUUACAAUUAAUUAAAUUAAUUAGUUUUAAUUAUCAAAGAUAAAUUUUCUUAUUUAUUAAAUUAAAAUCAAAGCGAUCUUUAAUUUUAAUUUUAAUAUGAUAAUAGAAAAUUCAAAAUAUCAAAUAUUACUUAAGAACAACUUGAAUAGGAAGAGAAUACUGAAUACAAUAAAUAGGAAGUUAAUUUAAUAUUAAAUAAUCUUUUAACAAUAUUCAUAGAGAAUACAUAAAAAUUGGUUAGAAAAAAAGCAUAAAGAUAUGUUAUAGAAUCAUUCUAUUAUGCAACUCAUUUAAAAUUUAAUAGUUAAGCUUCUAUAGAUUAAGUUUUUGCUUAAAUAUCUUCUAUUUAUUAACCAAAUAGUAGAGAUCUAGUAUAUUAUUAUUUAUAAAUUGAUAAAUACAAAUGUGAAAAAGAUGAAGUACUAAGCCAAUAUUAUUCAUAAGAUCUAAUAUUUAAUUACUAAAAGUCUAAAAUAAUAAAAUUAAUUAUUAAAAUUUUAUUAAAAAUGUAAAAAUAUAAAGAUAUCUAUUAACUUUUUGAAAAAUUGCAUAAAACUUAUGAUCUUAGAUUAUAUUAAGCUUGUAUUGGAUUAUUAGAGGAAUAUAAGAGGAUAGAUGAUAAAAUUUUAAUUAGAGAUAUAAUAUUGAAGUCUGAAUCAUAUCGAAGGACUAUUGAUUUAUUUAAAUAGGAUUCUAUAGUACCUUUGUUAAAUAAUAUGUAUAUAAGAUUGUAUGAGAAAGAUCAACAAGAAUAAAAUGAAAGAGAUUUUGUUAAUGAAACCUAAGAAACUAAAUUGGAAAAAGGAAAGAAGAUAAUUGAAGAUUAUAGAGCAACAAAGAGAAAACCUGCAAAACCAAAGGAUCCAUAAUAAUAAUAAACCUAAAAUUCCUAAGCUCAAAUUUAGACAUAACAGGCAUAACUAAUAUAAUAAGUAGUAGAUGAUGUUGGAUAAUAUAUUAAUUAAGGAGCAAUAAUUCAGAGUUUCAACGAUUUUGAUAAUAUAUGA